AGCCCUCGUGCCUUCUGCGGGUGUUGGGAGGCGGGUGUUUGUAUAGAUGUGCCCCCUCUCCCCCCCCCCCCCCCCUUCGGCCUUGGACUCGAGUUCUCAUUUUCGACUUUUCCACAAUCGCCUCGUACUUCCUCUUCGACCUAAUAUUUCUUGAAUAUUUCUUCGUAUGUUUCGACUCUGCCAAAAAUGGUCCUCCCAAGUACACUCCCCGCUCUGCAUUCUUCUGUAUCACCACCGCCGUCGCCGCUCUCUCCCAAGUCCCAACCUAUCAAUGCCACCUACCCUUUCUACCGUGACCCCUCCGCCCUCUCAUCGACGUUCCACAUACAUAUCUCCUACUACUACUUGUUCUUUUUCCUCCACGCAAUGCAUCACAAACUCGCAACUGAAAUGCCACUACGCAACGCACCCAAAACGAUACCCGUUUCGUCUUGUCUGCUCCCGUUCCCGACUUCCCCCCCACUCCUCUCUCACUCAACGACCUUGCAUAUCUAUCUAUCGCUACUCAAACGACAACAAACACCAUUCAUGGUAUUAUACGGGACCGGCGCACGACGAAGUUCCACGGGGUCACGAUCAACACAUUUUCCUUGUCCUGUAUCUAUGAUAUUUUUCGGCGAUCUUUUCUCCUCUCUUAAUUUUUUUUUGUCCCCUCCGCCCACCCAUGUCUCGUGCCGAAUUUUUCUUCCCCGUUCUAACUGUGGAACUCGUGGUGCUUUCGAUGGAGAUGUACGGAUAACAAACAGCUUUGCGAUCAUAGAGCUUUUUUUUUUUCUUUCUCUUUUUUUUUACUUGACUCGACCAGCUAUAACAUGUCGUUCCAUCGAAAACGAAAUGGGAAUUUGAAGUUUACGAUAAGUGUGGGACUUGUUUGAAAAGGGUGUGAGCAAGCAGCACUGGGAGAUUUACCCGCUUGGGGUGUCUGGCGCGAUGAUGUCGAGCCCGUGAAUAACACUCGAGGAGCCCUGCGGCUUACUUACACUUGGGUCAAAUUUCCGGAAUGAAACUAGUCGCCCGAAAGUUUAUUUCUUCUUCCUUUUCAGGUCGUCGGUCCUCUCACCAGUACAUAACACGUAUAUAGCUGGGCUUCCGGCCGGCCAGAUUGUUUUUUCGUCACCACACAUAUACCACGGGCAUUUGACAAUA